UUCUUUGUGUAGCAUUAUUCUAUUUUUGCAGAGAGAGAAACAGCAAAAAGGAUGUGAAGUGAACUACUGAAAAACUAAAAGGGUUUUGUAAUAAAAAUAAAUUACUUCUUUUUUAUUUCGAUAAUUCAUGAAUUCUCCACAUCAUCAUCAUUAUUAGCGAUAUCAGAAACCAACCGAAGGCUUAGGAACUGAAAGUUGAAAUAUUUUUUGGCCACUGGUGAAUGAAGCCAUCAAAUAACAUAUGGAUUCGGCGCCAGCAGUGCCCAUGUGGAGAUUGGAAGUGUUAUAUUAAAUAUGAGGGAGAUGAUCAGACUUCAGCAAGCUCUCAGCUAGGAAAGAGUGAGACAACAUCAACAGAAUUAGUCUUCACUCCUUAUGUGGGUCAAAUUUUCAAAAGUGAUGAUGAUGCUUUUGAAUACUACUCCAAUUUUGCUCGGAAGAAUGGGUUUUCAAUUAGGAAAGCCCGGUCGACUGAAAGUCAACAUUUAGGGAUUUACAGACGAGAUUUUGUUUGUUACCGUUCAGGAUUUAAUCAACCACGGAAAAAGGCGAAUGUGGAGCAUCCCCGAGAUCGGAAAUCAAUACGAUGUGGUUGUGAUGCAAAAUUGUAUUUGACGAAGGAAAUUGUUGAUGGUCUUGCCCAAUGGUAUGUCUCACAGUUUAGCAAUGUUCAUAAUCAUGAACUGCUGGAAGAUGACCAAGUGCGUUUGCUACCUGCAUAUCGUAAAAUACAGGAGGCUGAUCAAGAGAGGAUUCUUUUGCUAUCCAAAGCAGGGUUUCCUAUUAAUAGGAUAGUGAAGGUGUUGGAGUUGGAAAAAGGAGUUCAACCUGGACAUUUUCCCUUUAUAGAGAAGGAUGUUAGGAACUUUGUUCGGACUUGUAAAAAGACUGUUCAAGAAAAUGAUGCUUUGCUCACUGAGAAGAGAGAGAAUGAUACAUUGGAACUCCUUGAGGCCUGCAAGUCUGUGGCUGAAAGGGAUCCAGAUUUUGCUUAUGAUUAUACCACAGAUGAAAAUCAAAAGGUUGAAAAUAUCGCAUGGUUGUAUGGGGAUCCUGUUCGUGCAUAUACAUUGUAUGGCGAUGUAGUAACUUUCGACACCACAUAUCGUUCUAUUACCUACGGCUUGCUCCUAGGAGUCUGGUUUGGCAUGGAUAACCAUGGAAAAGCAAUUUUGUAUGGAUGUGUUUUGCUGCAAGAUGAAAGUUCUAAUUCUUUCACAUGGGCUUUACAGACUUUUGUCCGCCUUAUAAGAGGAAGACAUCCACAGACAAUUGUAACAGAUAUGGAGUUGGCCCUUAGGGAUGCCAUAGCAAGGGAGUUGCCAAAUACAAAACAUGUUGUAUGUAUAUGGCACAUUCUAUCUAAGUUAUCCAGCUGGUUAUCUUUUCCCCUUGGAUCGCGGUAUGAAGAUUUUAAAGCUGAGUUUGACCUCUUGUGUCAUGUGGAAAAUGUAGAAGACUUCGAACAUCAGUGGAAUCUUUUGGUUGCCAGAUUUGAACUUGUUACAGAUAAGCAUAUGGCUCUACUCUUUUCAUAUCGAGGAUUUUGGUCACUUUCCUACAUCAGAGGUUCAUUUCUGGCUCGCACAAUGGCUCCUGAGUUUUCACAGUCUCUGCACACAUUCCUGAAAAGAAUCUUGGAUGGACAAACAUGUCUGCAAGCAUUUUUUGAGCAGAUUGGUCUUGCUGCAACCGUUGGAAAUCAAAACAGAGAUGGGGCGCGGUAUAUGCAUAUCAAGACAUGCUUGCCAAUUGAAGAACAUGCACGCAGUGUGCUUACACCUUAUGCCUUUAAUGUGUUGCAGCAUGAAAUUGUAUUGUCGUUGCAAUAUGCUAUACAAGAAAUGGCAGAUGGAUCAUAUCUUGUCCAACACUUCAAGAAAAUGGAUGGCGAAUGUUUUGUAAUUUGGAUGCCAGAAGAUGAGCAAAUUCACUGUUCUUGCAAGGAAUUUGAACAUUCGGGAAUAUUAUGUAGGCACUCUCUUAGACUACUUGAGGUGAAAAACUACUUUCAGCUCCCAGAAAGAUAUUUUCCCCUUCGCUGGCGACGGGAUCAAUCACCGGUUCCUAUGGAUGAUCAAAAUGCUCAAAGCAACAACGAUGAGUGUGCUCAAGAGUUCCAUGCUCUUGCUGAAGCUCUAUUGACAGAGUCCUUGAUAUCAAAGGAACGUUUUAAUCAUGUUCAAAGAGAAAUUACGGGGCUCCUUGCUGAAGUUAGAAGCAUGCCAGUGGCUGAAGAAUUAUCUCUGAAUAUACCCCCCAACAAUGUCAGUGAAACGUAGUUUUGUUGAUGUAGCAAACAGUGUUAUAUGACUGCAGUUAGAAUUUCAUUCAAAGUGUUGGAUAUAUUUGGACAAGGGAACAAAAAAACAAAAAACAAAAGUGUUGAAAGCAUAGAAAAGAUAGUUACUGUCGAUUUUAAUAUGCCUAAGGAUUUUGGCAAUCAAAAUGGAGGUGGUGAAAAACGCCAUUUUUGCCCUA